UAUUUCCUGUAAAAUUUACAUUUUUGCAGCCAGUGUAGAUCGGUUGCCGCUAAGUAGAGAGGAGAAACUGUCCAUUUGAGCUAAAAGCCGGUAUAUUAUAAACAAACAUAAUGUCGGCGGUUGGAGGUCCAGGGGGACCCCCCAAUGCACCAGCUCAGCCUAGCAAACGUCUACAGCAAACACAGGCACAAGUCGAUGAGGUUGUGGAUAUUAUGAGAGUGAAUGUGGACAAGGUAUUGGAGAGAGAUCAGAAAAUUUCAGAACUUGAUGACAGAGCAGAUGCUCUACAGGCAGGUGCCUCACAGUUUGAGGCCAGUGCUGGCAAGCUCAAAAGGAAGUUCUGGUGGAAGAAUUGCAAGAUGUGGUUGAUACUGAUUAGUGUUAUUGUUGUAAUAAUCAUCAUUAUUGCCGUUUGGGUGGCGACAAGUCAAGGAGGAAACAGUUCACCAGAUACCACUCCUAAACCUUGAUCUUCUGGACUGCAGACUUCUGGUGCAAACACUAAAAACUCUGUCUUGCUGGUCAGUGUGUUAUCACUGACCAGUGUCUUCUUUACUCUCCAAAAGAACAAUGGGAACACUUCCUUUUUCAUUUAAGAUUGAUGUCAUUUACAUAUUUUUAUAAAGAUGUGUAUUUGACAUGACUCUAAUGAUUUGCUUGUGUAUGAUUCUAAGCUGGUUUGUUAACAUCCUUCUGGGAUAUAUGUCAUGAACAACUAUAUUGUACAGAUGCAAUAUGGCAUUUCACAUGUUUAUAUGGCAUAUUUACACAUAUGCCGUUGGCAAUGUUUGGCGGUUCAUCUGUGUCAUUGGCAUAUUUGGUGUUCAUCUGUGUCAUUAACAUGUUUUGUAACAUCUGUGUCAUUGACAUGUUUGGUGUUACAUCUGUGUCACUGAUAUGUUUGGUUAAAAAUUACAUCUGUGUCAUUGACAUGUUUAGUGUUGCAUCAGUGUCAUUGACAUGUUUAGUGUUGCAUCUGUGUCAUUGGCAUGUUUAGUGUUGCAUCAGUGUCAUUGAUAUGCUUGGUGUGGCUUUUGUGUCAUUGACAUGCAUAUCAUUGACAUUCUGGGUGUGGCAUCUGCAUCAUUUACAUGUUUGUUUUCGUUUGAUAAGGACAGGAGUGUUUCUAUUGAUCUUGAAAUAAAACUAGUAUUUACAAUAUUAAUGUGAAAUAGUGUAGUCAAGUGGGGAAAUUUGACAUGCUGUCCCGCUUUGCAGGAUACAGCAUGUUGUUAGGGGAGAUCAUUCUGUAGAAGUAAGGGGAGACAACUAGAUAGAUGCCACAAUGUUGGGUGUACGGUGUAGAGAGAGAAGUAGUACAUUUCAGUCAUAUUUAUUGUUAUACUGUAUAUACCAUACUAAUGAAUGAGGAUAGUUCUGAAACACGACAGUUGUGGUAGCACACAGUCAUUAAUGAUGAUGAUGAUAGUUUUUCAGGCAAUGAAAUUAAACACACUCUUCACGGUCUUUCUUGAAUUUUGUGUAUCUUUGGAAAUUUGAAGUAAGCAAGUUAUUACCAGUCUGGUAUGUCUUUUUAGUUCACAAUUUCAAAUAUUUUGAUUACAUUUGAAAAAAGUGAAAUUUGAUGAAAGUUGUAGUGAAAUUGCGGUUAUUCCCAUUGUGUGAUAAUUAGGGUAAUGUCCUAGAUUGUAUUGGAAAAAUGAACCAGGAUGAAAUAUGCUGUGAGAUUGAGAUAAUCUGUUAUAUAACAGAACCAACACUCUUUAGAUGUGACUUUGCCAACAAUUAUAAAUUAAGCUUCAGUUUCAGCUAAGUACACAUGUAGCCUGAUUAAUAUGGUUGUGAUGUUGACAAUAUAUAUAGGUCAAAGGUCAAUCUUUAAAAUUCCUACAAUGUUAAACAGUGUUAUAUUCAUAAGUGCUAAAGAUACGCAAAUCUAGAUGUUUUACAGUUUCAUUCUUUAUUUAUUUCUCAAUUGUAAAUAAAUAACCAGAAUCUCUAUCAUCCUGUCAUCUGGUCGUUUUCAGAUUCAAGUUCAUUCUAUAUAGACCUUUAUAAUCAUAUACCCUUUCUAUAAAGAUGCUAGCUUAAAAGAAAUAGCAGAUAAUUAAAUGGUAGAACAGGUCAGGGUUCAAACUUAUAUAGUUGUAUAUGCUUUCAGAACUCCAUACAGAUAUUGUGAUAGCCGAAGUAAAUGUUCUCGGAAUCAAAGAUAAAUCUCUGCCACUGUUAAUGAUUUCAUGUUAGAAUUGGUUAACAUUGAUGUUUCAAUGUACAAGAUAUAAUAUAUUGAUUUGAUUAUAAACUUUAUUUUUCCCUUGUUUUAGUCCCUGUAUGUUUACUGUUAACAGUGUGUGUGCCACGUUUUUUUUUCUACUGUUUGCAGUAGAUACUGUAUAUUGUAGUAGAGGCUGUUCCUGGGUACGAAGUAGAAACACAAGGAGGAAACAAAUGAACCUUGUGUGUAAUUAUAAAUCUAGAUGAGAAAAAAAAAUCUCUAGUUGGAGAAAUAAAUCCUAACAAGUUCAUUUGUGUUGUGGUUCAUGGGCUAUAUUACAGAAUGAUACCUGGUGUAAUCAGGGCCCUCUUAAACAAAGUUAGCUUAAUUUUUAAAACGUAAAAUAAGUGCCCUGAUGAAAGCCUGACAAAACUAAAUUAUAUCUUCGAACAGCUGUAGAAGAAAGUAGUAUAUACUAAUUGGUAAACUGGCUUUAGGAGUUGUUCCUGUCAUGUUUGUUUAAGAGUUACAUGUGUAUGUUGGCCGGAGAUACACUUGCGAUGAUAUCCUAAUUCCUGUGUUUGUUAUACAGUUUCACUUGUGGUGAGAUCCUACCUCCUUUGUUUGUUUAAAAAAGGGAGCUCUGUUUUAACAAAGGAGAUAUUGUGUAUAAAGGAAAUUCUACAUUUGGCUUUCAUUCUGACAAAAUUAAGUAGUUAUGGAGGCUUAUCAAAUGACCAUCUCCUGACAGAUUCCAUAAAUUGCACUGAAUCAGUCCUAAACAAUUUCUUUUUCCUCUAAUUUUUCAGCAAAUGAAUGAGAUUCUUACGGAGUUACGGAAGUCUUUGAUCAUGUUUAUGUACCUGCAUUACUUUGAAUAAAACUUCGCUAACACAUGAUUAGAGCUAAAAGUCUUUCAAAAGAGAGGAUAUAACAAACAUUCAUGUGGAUUUAACAUUUCAUUCAUGUACCAGGCAAAAUAUGUCAUCUUCAAAACCAUGAGUUGUUGAGGUUAAAGGUUAAUAUUUCAUACGUUAAAUGAUAUAGCCAAGUGUUGUUAAACCCAAUAUUUAACAAGAUGUCCAGAACACUAAAGAUAAAUCAUUCCAGUGUUAUGUUGAGUGUCAGUUAGUUAGUUAAUCAAGUCAUAGUUCUUCAUCAUGAUGUGUCUAAGGUUGAUUAUACUUACAUAUACCCCAUAUAAGAAUCUGUGUCUGACAUGAUUUCACAUUUUCUCAAUCAUCAUUAAUGCAGAUUUCCUUUUUUUUAUCUGUUCAGCUGUAUUUGUCAAGAUUUGUCAAGAAAUUGGUAUCAACUGAAAGCAUAUACUAUUGACUAUUUCAAUGAUAAUCAGCCUGUGACCGGCUCCCGAACAUUCCAUAACAUGUCAAUAAUAGUUUGUACCUACAGUUGUUCUUAUGUAUUAAAUUCUGUAGUUCAUAGGUUUCUGUGUAGCAUCAGUAAACCUCCAGUUCAUAAUCACUUGUAAGUUGACCCGUCAACACUCAUAGUAAUACAGGAACUGGCAUUGUUAUAGUGGAGAGAUUCUCCAUUUUUCUUUUAAGCUCGAAGCGUAAACAUACCAAUAGACAAUGAGAUUUGGUGUUGCAAACAUAUUGCCACUAUCAGCAGUUUAAGAAGUCAUAACGCAGAAAAGCCUGUUCCAACAAUACAUCAUAGUUAUGAUAUUUUACAGUUUGAUAAGCUAGUGUUGAAGGUUUCUAACAAUAUUAAUAAAGAAUUCUAUGCAUUCUACUUAAGAGUAUAAAUCAGAAUUUAAGAUUGAAGACUUUAAAAUUAAAAAAUAAUUCAAAUUGCCAAAAAAUAAGCAUCAUACAUACUUUUUACCAUUUAAUACAAAGAUGUCCCAGUCACAAAUAAAUUAAAUCCGACAGCUUCUUCCUACUGUAGCUUAGUACAAAUCAUUGUGCAAUAUUCAAUUGGCAUGUAUGAUUAACAAUGUGUAAACAGAGUUAGAGAUACAUUGAUACCCUUGGAAAUAUUGCUGCUGGAAAUAUAAGGACCCGUCUUGAUUUUGUUGUAGCUUAGCACGCCCGUCAUGCAAAUUGUUUAAAAUUUACGUUUGUUUUUGAAAUUUGUUGAUAUUUAUCAACACAUAUUUAUAUAUGUGUUUGUACAUAAUAUACUAUUUAGUUAUAUAUAUAAGAAUCUUGUUGAUGCUGUGUAAAGUAUGUGUUAUAGAUCAUUGUGAGUUAGUGAUAUGUGUAACGAAUCUUAGACCACAGGUGAGAGAGAUUGUGCACUAUUGUUAUUGUACCCGUUACAUUGGUCUGGUCAUCAUCCAACAUAGAUCAGGAAAACAGCAUACUGACCACCCUGUUCAGUUCACUCUCUAAAUCGCACCAAAAAAAAAGUGAAAAAGUAUGUGAAAUGAGAACCAAUCAAUAAAAAUGCAACAGGCUUCAUCGUCAAGCUUUAAACUUAACAAAAACAUGAAAGAUGAUAGACAUUUUUCAGAUAUCUGAACAAUUCUAUUGGCAGACUGGGUAUAUCUUUAUAUGAUUUUUACCAGUAUAAACCCACUGAAGAUGCAUGGCCACAAGAGAAAAUUUUAGUUUGUGUAUCAAGAAAUCUUCUGAUUGGUGUAUAAUGAGACUAAACUGAAAUGUUAUGUAUGUGACAAACAGUGUGGGUACAUUUAUAAUUAUCUUGUAUAUUUUAUUUAUGUGAUCUUAAAUAAUAACUGAAACAUGUUUGCAGAAAAUUCACAAAAAUAAGAUUGUUGAGAUUAGAGCACCUUGUCAAACACCAUAUUCAGGAGAGGAUUUAAAUGAGUUACUGAAUGAACAUUCUGUAUUAAUUGGUUAAUCCUCUAGUUGAAAGUUACAUUAUAAUGUAUAUAUUUGUGAAUUUUCUGCCAGUAACUGAAGCCUUUUAAAGCUACGUAGUGUAAAAAGGUGAUGUUUUUUUGUGUUAUGGUUCUGUUCAGAUCUUGUGAUUCCAACUUAAUGUAUUAGUAUUCACCAGAAUGUUUCCACUGUUUCUGUAAUGGAUCUGUAUUGAGGAAAUAAAGGCAUCUGUGUACAUAGCUUA